CCGGCCAACAUGAGGACCCUUAUACUUGCUGUCGUGCUGUUGGCGGGGAUAGCCUACUCCCAAAAGCCUAAGCCAUGCAUUACGCCACCUCAGUGGGCGUCCCGGGCGUUUAUGUUCGACCAUAACUAUGGGAACAUGGAAUAUAUUAGAAUCGUCUAUGACGCCAUCUAUCGACGAAAGAUCGUCAUCGAGGAGGACGUUGUCGUAAGACCAGGAAGAAGAUUCUACGAAUACCUCAGCCUCAACGACGUACACGAGUUGUUCAAAAUCAAUUUGAAAACCAAGGAAUGCGUGAAGAUGAGACCAAGGCACUGGCGUCCAUUUGGAAUUCCACCCAACUCCACUUUCGACAACGAGUUUGAAAUUGGUGGGCCAGGCGAGGCUUUCACCGCCCAACAGUGGACUGAUAGAAUCCCUGGAUUCAAAACUGCGGAAUGGAUUGGAGUUUACAGCCUGAAAUACUGCUAUCCAGUUCACGAGACCUUCUUCAAUCGCCUUAACAUAUCCGAAUCCAACACAGUCAACUUCUACGACAUCGUCGCUGGAAUCCCCGACCCAGACAUGUUCAUACCUCCUCCGGAGUGCAAAACCGCCAAAUGGGUCGAUGAAACCGAUGAUCUGCCCGCCUACGUCUAAGAAACUUUUCAUCUUCAAACAUUUUGAU